AUGCCAAUGGCAAUGCCAAUGGCGGGUGUGUCUUGGGAGCUUCGGGAGGAGUUUGACCCACAACCAAUCAUGGCGGGGUCCUCGUUCGGGGACUCCCAAAUGCGGUGGGGGGCCCCCCAGCGCUCUAUUUCCAAUGCAAACGACCUGUCGAGCUCCGAGGGCGAAUUCGCCCCCCCCGAGAUCAAAGCUGAGCUCGCCCGCUCGUUUUCCCUGCGCAUUCCACGCUCUGAUAAGUCCCCUCUCGCAGAGAACCCCCCCGAGCUCUCGUCCCUCUCUCCGAGCACGCCCAAAACCCCCACCUCCGGCAGAAACCUCCGCAGGUCCAUCUCGCUGAAACGGAUCCUUAAGGGGGGGGACGCUGACUUCAGCGCAGCAGGGAUGUCCCCCUCAAAACUAUCCCCGCAGGACCGGCUUGGUUCCUUUUCCUUUGCCCCAAGCACUGUGAGCCCCACCGCUUCCCCCCAGUUUGCGGCAAAAACGCCGCCGAGCCCGAUUGGAUCUCCUGGGGGGGUGGCGGUUCCAAGCCCCGCUGCGGCGUUCUACGGCUCUCCGGCAGUCAAACUGCAGUCGCCCCUGAGCAGAAGGGACGGCGAUUCGUCGCAGCCAAGUAGAUUGAAUACGGGUGGAACUGCCAGGACGUUGUUUGAGCGACGGGCAGAGAAGCAAAAUCAGGGGGGUAGCGCGGAAGUUGGGGAGGAGAAGGAGGUAGAAAGUUCGUCGGCUCCGAGCGGUGACAUCAGCGAGUUGAGGCCGGAGGAGACGGUUCGAACUUCGGGUGGGGAAGCAGAAAGACCGGCGCAAGGCGGUGGGGGAGAGAUAACUGGGGAAACGGCAAAUUCGGAUGGGGGGGGCCCUUUGCCUGUUACUGAUGAGACGCAGAGUGCCACAUCAGCGCCUGUCGAGGAGAAAAGUUUUAGCGACGUCGUGAACAGUACGCACGAGGAAAUUUUCCGGAGCAUGCUAGAAACCCCCCCCGAGCAGCCGUCGCCCUCCCCCUCAGGGGCAGUUGAUUUGGGCUGGGGACGAGACGGAUCGUUUGCGCUGGCCAACGACGCGGCGCCAGCUGGCGCGCUUAGAACUCGGCCAGAACCCCUGACGCCGGAGAGUGCCGCCAGCGAACCACCGUGGGGGGAAACCAGCAGCUUGGAAAACACCCCCACGCCCGAGAAAAGCGCAAAGCCCGGGCACCGACGGGAGCUGAGUCUGUCGAAUUCGGCACCUCUGAUGGUGACGCCCCUUCAGGGGACAAACUCGGACUUUCCGUUGACGCCUGGGAAUAUGUUGGUGAAGCGAUCAAAUUCAACGCUGGAGGCGCGAGCGCUCCAACGAAUGAAGCAGGACGCCUUCAUCCAGCAGCUCCUGCGCAGCAGCACCGUCAUCGGGCGCGACUACACCAUCAAGGUCGACGUCAGCUCCGCGCACCUCCCCGGCUUCUCCUCGUUCGACCUCUCGGACCCGGGGGACGACGAAGACACGUCAUCUGUCGACACCCCCUCCCGCCUGGCGCUCACCAACUACUCCGAAAGCGGCCACGUCAUCCCCCCCCUCACGAUCGCGAUCCUGAUUGUGGGCACACGGGGCGACGUGCAGCCGUUCAUUGCGAUCGGGAAGAAGUUGCUGGCGUACGGGCACCGCGUGCGGUUGGCGACGCACGCGAACUACCGGGAGUUUGUCACGGAGCAGGGGCUCGAGUUCUUCCCGCUUGGGGGGGACCCAAAGAUUCUCGCCGAGUACAUGGUGAAGAACAAGGGCUUCCUGCCGUCGUGGCCGAGCGAGGUAAAGGAGCAGCGGCGGCAGCUCAAGAGCAUCAUCUUCUCCACGUGGGACGCGUGCACGUCGCCAGACUGGGAAUCCAACGGCCGCAACUUCAUUGCAGAGGCAAUCAUUGCAAACCCGCCCGUCUAUGGGCACAUCCACGUGGCGGAACGGCUGCGCAUCCCGCUCCACGUCAUCUUCACCAUGCCCUGGUCGCCCACCGGCGCGUUCCCCCACCCGCUCGCGCGCCUCACCCAGUACGCCGGCUUCGAGAACCGCCUCUCAUACGCGAUCGUCGACUCCAUCACGUGGCUGGGCGUGCGUGACAUCAUCAACUCGUUCCGCAAGAAGAAGCUCAAGCUUCCGCCCAUUCCGCUGACGGACCGCUGGUCCAGCUCCAUGCUGCAGACGAACCGCGUGCCGUUUGCGUACAUUUGGAGCCCCUCUCUAGUUCCCAAGCCGAAAGACUGGGGCAGCUACAUCGACGUCGUGGGCUUCUGUUUCUUGGACCUCGCCACAGAGUACAAGCCGCCCCCCGAGCUCGACACGUUCCUGAAGGAGGGGCCGCCGCCCGUCUUCGUCGGCUUUGGAAGCCUGCCGGUAGGCGACCCCCAGAAGAUGACGGCGAUCAUCUUUGAGGCGCUUCGGAAAACGGGGAUGCGGGGGAUCGUGCAGAAGGGGUGGGGGGGUCUCGGGGAGGGCGUUCCCGCCCCCCCGACCGUGCAUAUCGUCGGAAACUGCCCCCACGACUGGCUGUUUCCGCAGUGCUCGGCGGUGGUGCAUCAUGGGGGGGCGGGGACUACUGCGGCCGGCCUGCUGUCAGAGUGCCCCACAACGGUAGUUCCAUUUUUCGGCGACCAACCCUUCUGGGGAGACGCCGUUUUCACUCAAGGUGUUGGCCCGAAGGCGAUCCCGGUCGGCGACUUCAGCCUGGACCGCCUCGUCAAGGCGCUCGAGUUCAUGGCCCGCCCCGAGGUGAAAGAGGCUGCGGUCGUGCUGGCCGCCAAGAUGCGGCAAGAGAACGGUGUUGAUGGGGCGGUUCGCGCUUUCCACAAACAUCUGCCCAAGGAUAUCAAAACCACCGGGCAUAAGAUGCUGUGGGGGCUUACGCGAAAGCAAGCGGCCAGGGCGCAACCAAGACAGUGCGGUUGCUUUGGGUGAUGACCCAAUUGCGGUGUUUUGGAAGUGACUUGCGUAGUCUAUGGCUGGCGUUCAUUGUCCCUGAUUGGGUGCUCCCCGCAGGAAGCGUGAUACUCAGCAGGUUCAGUCAGAUCUUGUAGAUACGGCAGAGAGUAGACCAUACUAAUGUUAUUGGGCCGAAACGAGCCUGAGCGUAACGGACCACGGCUUCUAGUUGCUGCACGCAGAGCUAUCCCCUUCACAACUGUUCUGCAUGAUGUCGUGCAUGAGUGAACGGUUCCAAC